UAAUUCUUGAAAAUUUAAUAACAAUUUCUUAAUUUAAUAUCUGGAAUACCCCUUUUUAGGGCUUUAUUGAGAUAAGAUAUCAGUGGAAGUCAAAAAAGAAUUUAAUGUUAAGAGUUUCUUCUCUCUAAUUUUAUUUUAUUUCAUUUCUUUUUUUCUUUCUUUCUCCUCUCUUUCUCUCACCAUCACACAUAACACAGAAGAGUCCAUGGCUGCUUCUUCAUCCUCUGCUGCUUCCUUCUUUGGAGUUCAACAAGAUGAUCAAUCUCACAUUCUUCCUCCUAAUUCCUCCGCAACCGCUCCUCCUCUUCUUACUCACCACCAGCCACCGCAGUCUCAGCAGCCCCUUGAUGCUCCACCGCAGAAAAAGAAGAGAAACCAACCAAGAACUCCAAAUUCCGAUGCAGAAGUGAUAGCUUUGUCUCCAAAGACACUAAUGGCUACAAACAGAUUCAUAUGUGAAGUAUGCAACAAAGGGUUUCAAAGAGAACAGAACCUACAACUUCACCGAAGAGGACACAAUCUUCCAUGGAAACUUAAGCAGAAAUCGACCAAAGAAGUGAAGAGGAAAGUGUAUCUUUGUCCGGAGCCCACGUGCGUCCACCAUGACCCGUCACGUGCUCUCGGAGACCUCACCGGAAUCAAAAAACAUUAUUACCGAAAACACGGUGAAAAGAAGUGGAAAUGUGAGAAAUGUUCUAAGCGUUACGCUGUUCAAUCGGAUUGGAAAGCUCACUCCAAGACUUGUGGUACCAAAGAAUAUCGUUGCGACUGUGGUACACUAUUCUCCCGGCGAGACAGUUUCAUUACACACAGAGCCUUUUGUGACGCGUUGGCUCAAGAGAGUGCGAGGCACCCAACUUCUUUGACUUCUUUGCCAAGUCACCACUUUCCAUACGGACAAAAUACCAACAACUCCAACAAUACUUCAAGCAUGAUCCUUGGUUUGUCCCACAUGGGGCCCUCACAGAAUCUUGAUCAUCAGUCCGGCGACCGUCUCCGACUCGGAAGCAGCGGAGGAGGAGGUGCAGGAGCCGCCUCACGCUCUUCCUCCGAUCUCAUUGCUGCAAAUGCUUCGGGUUACUUCAUGCAAGAGCAAAACCCUAGCUUUCAUGAUCAACAAGACCAUCAUCACCAAGGGUUUUUGGCUGCAAGCAAUAACAUCAAGCCAUCACCAAUGAAUUUUCAACAAAGUCUGAUGCAGUUCUCACAUGAUAACCAUAACUGUCCUUCCUCCAAUGUCUUCAAUCUCAGCUUCCUCUCUGGACGCAAUGGAGUUGCUUCUGCUACAAGCAACCCUAAUGCUGCUGCUGUUUCAUCUGGCAAUCUUAUGAUUUCUAACAAUUUUGAUGGGGAAAAUGCUGUUCGAGGCGGAGGAGGAGAAGGAGAAGGAAGUACAGGUCUCUUCCCUAACAAUCUGAUGACCUCGGCGGACAGAAUCAGCACAGGAGCAGUGCCUUCACUCUUUAGCUCAUCAAUGCAAAAUCCCAAUUCAACAACUCACAUGUCAGCCACUGCUCUUCUUCAGAAAGCUGCUCAAAUUGGUUCAAGCUCGAGCAACAACAACAAUAGUAACAAUGCUUCAUCGAUUCUAAGAAGCUUUGGGAGUGGAAUGUAUGGAGAAAGCGAGAGUAGUCUUAAUGAUUUGAUGAACUCAUUCUCUAACCCAGGCGCAACGGGAAACAACGUUAAUAGAGUAGAUUCUCCGUUUGGUUCAUACGGAGGAGUGAACAAAGGAUUAAACGCUGAUAAACAAAGCAUGACCAGAGACUUUCUUGGGGUUGGACAGAUCGUAAGAAGCAUGAGUGAAAGCGGAGGGUUUCAACAACAACAACAACAACAUGGGAAUAGUACAGAAAGAGUUGGCUCCUCCUCGGAUUCCGCCGAUAGAAACAGCAUAAAUGUGAAUCCUGGUGGUGGUCCAGCAAGUUCACCACCCUAUGGAAUCCAUCGUGCUAGUUUCUAGCUAAGACGAUUUUUUUUUAAAAAGGUUUUUAGUUCAUCAAAGUACAUAUGCUAUAUCUUUCAGGUAUGCAUAUUGUCAUCAAACCCCAUUUGAAGUAAUUAAUUAUAUUUUAGUCGCAAAAAGUUGCAAUCUAUCUACACUCACCUCCUUUUUUUCUUUUGUAAAAGAUCUACCUUUAUAUAAAUGAAUUUCCUCCUGAAUUCUUUUAUUCAGAGUUUA